CACAAAUAAACGCAUGCGUAAAAAAAAUAAAAUUUAAAACUUGUUUGGGUGUGAAAAUGGUGUAGAAUGUUGUUGUUGCAAGAAUAUAAAUAUUAUUUAUGUUAAUAUUCAAUAUUUUGAUCAUCAACACCAACUAACUUAUAAUAAGAAUUACAUUAAUUUAGUUUAUAUGUAUAAGUGUUUUUAGGUUGAAUUUUUUUUGUUUAUUUUUUCAACUAUUAGUGUGUGUGUGUGUUCUUAAAUCGAAAAAUGGAUAAAGAUAUACCGAAUAUAGCUUUAGACACUAGUUGUUGUGGUCCAACAAUGGAAAUUGUCAUGAAAAACAUCUACUCUUCGUGUGACCCCCAAAACGUGAAUAUGGUCCCUACUUCGGAGAUAAUUGAGUUUAUAAGGCCCUAUUUGCUGGAAGAUCUAUCGGCUUUAGAAACUUUGAAAAACAUGUUAGACCCCGAAAAUAAAAACGUAUCUGUUACUGGCGAAACGUUUUUCACAGUUAUGAAUGAAUGGACACAAAAAAUAGCUAGUCACUCUGAAGACGACGCUGAUGGUGUCUUCAAUAGAACCCCUAGUCAAUUAAACGUUAUCGAUGAAAAAUUACUCCCUUACACACAAUCUACCCCUCGGGCAAGUUUCGGACAAAAACUUCUAAAUUGUGAAGGGCUGCUCAAUCUGUCUAACGUUUCAAGUUAUAACCUGUCUCCUACCAAACAAGCCAAAGAUAUUAGCAUAGGUGGACCUGAAAAGACUAUAUUAGAAGAAGAAGUUAAGCAAUUACAACAUCAGUUGAACAAAGUUAGCAGCGAAUUGGAGAUGUUGAAGGUGCAAUUAGCCUUUUCCGAAGACCAGAAUGAAGUAUUACAAGAGGAACUACAGAAAUGUAAAACACGUCUACAAAGUGGACAACAAGUUAACGAAGACGUGCAGGAAAAUAAAACUUGCAUAGACGAAUUGAGGGAUGAGAUCGGCCUGGGUAAAAAGCGAAUAGAAGAACUCAACAAAAAAUUGACGUUUUUCGAGAAGGAUAACGUUCAAUUGAACCAGUACGCUCAAAAAUUAGAGAAAGAGAUAGUGGAACAGGAAGCGCAUUUCGCGAAGACUAAACAAAAUUUGGAAAACGAAAUUUUUGGUUUUAGAACCGAAUUGGAGAUGAAGGAACACGAAAUAUCGACUUUUUCGAAAAUAAACGACGAACUUCGACUAAAAUUAUGCGAAAAAAUGACCGAGCUCGAACAAGUUUUAACUGAAAACGAGGUUUUGGAUUACAAACAACAGGAUCUGGAGAAGUUGCUUUCCUCGAAACGCUAUUCCCUUUCCUCCCAUUACAACAGCUGCUUGGACGAAAUGAGCAGUUUCCUUGCCCGAGGUAAUACCAUCCCGAUUUAUUCGUCCCCCGUUAAAAAUAAAUGUCUCUUAUCCAAAAGUCCCUUAACGAAAAAAGUUCAUUCUCCAACUCCGAAGAUGUUAUAUAGAGUGUUGAAUUCUAGUACGCCGAAAAAUUGUAACGGUUCGGGGUUGAGGAAAUCCUUUUCUCUGAACGCGAUGUCGACGCGAUCUUUACCGAAUAUUUUUUGUUUUGAACGUUCUAAUGUUGUUCAAGAUCAAGGAGACGGCGGAGAGGAGGCUCGGUGCGCCGCCGUUCCCAACGCCCGCCCCUACGAAUCUCUACAAACCGAACUGUUCCAGGUCGAUCCGCAAUUUGAUCACAAGGUUAAGAAUGGUAUCGAUCACGAUGACCUUAAAAACGAAAUCGAAUGUUUACAGAAAAAAAUCGAUACCUUGGAAGAAGAAAAUAAAGUGCUGAAUAAAGAAUAUGGUAACGUACAAGAUAAAGCGAAAUAUUUAGAAAGAAAAUUAACUAAUUUAAUGUUGGAAAAAGAAGAGAUUAAGACUGAUAAACUCGAUACAGUGAAACAAUUAGAAGCUUUAAAACUUGAUUUCGAUAGAUUAGAAUCGAUUUUAAACGUCAAAGAAAAGAAAAUUAACGAAAUCGAGAAUAAAAUCGAUUUUGAACCGAUGUAUAAAAAUUUGGAAAAAGAAUUCGCUAAAAAAGUAGCACAAAUAGAUGAAUUACAAUUAAAAAUCAAAAUAGAGGAAAAUAGGAUAAGAAAUAGAGAAGAUCCGGUCAAAAAUGUCGAUUUAACAAAUGAAGUGAUUAAUUUAAAAAAGGAUUUACAAGAAAAAAAUACACGGAUAAAACAGUUGCAGGAUAUAUUGAGGAACGAAGGUGAUGUUAAAAGACAAAUAUGGUUAACGAAUGAAGAUUUAAGGAAAAAUUUAGAAGAAUUACGAGAAAAAUAUAAAAAAGAAGUUGAUAAAAACUGUGAUUCAUCGUUGGAAAUAUCAGAAAUGAGAAUAAAAUACGAAGAAACUGUUUUUAAAUAUAACGAACAAUUAGAAAUAUGUACAAAUUUGAAAAAUCAAAUUGUUGUACUUAAAAAAGAAGCGGAUAUUAUAAAGGAAAACCAAAAAUGUUAUAGGAAGGAUACGGUGAAAAUUUUAACGGAUUUCGAACAAACUUUACAUUACAAAAUAAAAGAAUUGGAACAAAUUAAAAUUAACUUGGAAAAUCACAAAAAUAAAUCUCCUGGAAAUGAUAAUGAAUGUGAAGAUAGUGGAGUGAAGAGCGAAUUAGACGUGGAAGAAGAAAGAAGAAGUAGGGAAUAUACGGAUGGAGAUGCUUCUUCGGAAUCUAGUUUAUCACUAGAAAAACCACAGAGAUUAUUCAAAAAUAGAAGCUUCGAAAAACAGAAACUAACCAUAGAAAAAUUGAGGGAAGAGCUACGAUUGGAGAAAUACAAAAACGAAUCCCUGAAAGAGAGAUUAACAAUCAAAUCGGAUGAUGUAGAAAAAUUACAAACUACAAUAAACGAUCUUAAUAACAAAAUAAUUCAACAAGAAGAUUGUUAUAAACAUAUCUAUAUUGAAAAAAUGGAUCUAACUGAAGAAUUGAAAAUUUUGAAAGGAAAAUACAGCGACGCUCUCAUAACUUUAAACGAAAGGGAAAUAUCAUUGAAAAAAUCCCAGGAAGCUUUGGAAAUUGAGAAAAAUAUAGUCGGAAAGCUGGAUGAACAACUGGUCGAUUUUAAAAUAUUACAAAAUAAGCUUUCGGCGGAUUUGGUAAUCAAAUUGAACAACGUCACCCAGGAAAAUGAGAAAAUCAAGUUGUUGUCGGAAAAUAGGAUAAUGGAGUUGUCUACGCAGUUAUUUAAACAGAAAACCGAUUUGGAUAACUACCAAUCGGAUCUGGCGAAGAAGGAUGAGGAGAUUUCGUGUUUGUCGAAUGUUUUGUUGGAACGGGAUGUCAAAAUUCAAGCUCUAACUUCUGCCGCAACGGCUUACGAUAUUAAAACAUUUAAUAUUUUGAUGGAGCUGACGGAGAAGGAGGAGGCCUACUUGAAGUUGCAGAACGAAUUCGAAUUAUUGAAUGAAAAAAUUCGAGAAACCACCGAAACCAAAGCCAAUACACUGGAAAAAAUGUCGACGAAUAACUUUGAUGGUAUAAUGGAAAAUAUCGAUGGAUGUGUAAGCGAAGAAACGACCUUGGAUAAAAUUUCUAAUUUCACCGAUGUCAUUUCGGAAUGUUGUCAGGAAUUGAACGGAGCGUUCACGAGAUUUGUACGACAAUGGAAAAAGAAAAUAGAAUCCCAUCCUAAAUUUAAAGAUUUGCCGUAUAUUAAGUUGUGCCAAUCGUUAAAAAUCGAAGACGUCCUUUCGGUUAUCGUGGAAAAUAUAAAAACAGUUAUCAUGCUGUUGGAUAUUACUUCUUCCAAAAACAUGGAAUCUUUAGAUGAAGACAAUUUUCAAGAUUUCCUUCCGAUGAAUCAGUACAAUUCGAAUUCUGUGGAUUCGAAGAAUAUUAAAAAAUUCACCCUUCGACCGGCAACGUUGCAAUUAUCCAGACCUGUAAGUCCAGAUUCUCCAGGAAUAGAAAUAUCCAACGUUGAAAAUGAACAAGAAGAAAAUGGCGACAUACACACCCGCAGUCCCGACAGUCGGAAUGUCAAGGUUAGCUUGGCAAUAGAAAGAGAAGAAGAAGAAGACGAAGAAAAAGAUAACCAUUACGAUCGAUUUAACCACUUGCCUCUAUUUUCUUUUGAUUUACGAAUACAGGACGCCUUCCCUCAUUUAUCAGAUACUCUUUUGGAAAAAUUGGGUUUGCAUGAGAAUAGCCCAAAGGUGAAAUUAACAAAAGAAGAAACCGAAGAAAUAUUCACAGCGUUCGCUAUUCAAGUGAGUUUGGAUUCCAAAGAUAUCAAAAAUCGAUUGCGUAAACAAAAAACAGCUUGUAACCAAAAAUACAGGAAAUACCAAUAUUUGCUCAAGGAUAUAUCGAUGCGUUUGAGAGACCACAAUUGCAUAGGCGCCAAGGAUUCCAUUAAUCCGGUGUACGUGUUAUUGGAAGACGUCAGAUUCAUGAUGCAGGAUUUGAUGCAAUCGGCUGGACAACUCGGCGUACUUAAUUGCGAAUUGAGGAUGACCAAGUGUUGGAAUUUGGUUACGAAUUAUAUGGCCAUACUCAAACAGGACCUAGAGGAUACUAAAUCAUCAGGAAACACACAUUUCCCAGUUCAAACAAAAUCUUCUCCUUCUCCUUCAAAAAACUCGAAUGAAAAUACCAAAGAAAAACAGUCGAGUGGUAGUAACUGCAUAAUGUGGGUGAUGUGCGUUCCUUUGUUGCUUCUUAUCGGAGUAGUAUGCGUCCAUUGGCAAUGUAAAAUGACGACCGAGUACAAAAUAUGUCCGCUCGAUGAUUUUUUUAGGAUCAUAUCGCAUCGAAUCGGCACCCCGCCAUAUUGAAGAGAUUAUUAUUCGUACGUUUUUUUUCUACCGCCCUUUUCUAUUUUUUUACGUUUGUGUUAAUUUUGAAUAUUUAAAUUAAAAGUGUUUAUUAGCAAGUGCCAUUAUAAAAA